AUGGCAACCUUCUCCGUUAUGUCCACCUUCGCAGCGGCGGCAAUUAUGUUGCAACUACUCCUUGUUCCAGCUACAGCCUCUCCUCACAUGAAAUACAUUGACGCCAUCUGUGAUCGCUCCCACGACCUAGAUUACUGCGUUAAGACAUUGACCACUAACCCUCCCACUGCUGCUCCCAUUGGCUUGAACCCACUGGCCGAGGCCGUGAUGGCACUCACCAUAGCCCACGCCGAGAAGACAGCGGCUUUCGUGGCUGAGACGGCUAAGAGUGAUCCAGCUUUUGCGGAUUACCACAAGGCCUACUUAGCGGUGGUGGCUGAUCUCAAGAGCGCAAACAUUAAGCUGAAGCAAUCCCCUGACACUGCUCACUACGACGUUAGGGCUUCUACCGACCAGAUGAAGCGCGUGGAGGGAUUAGUUGCGAGCAAAAGUGACCAGGCUUCAACCACUCUCAAGGGAAUGACCGUGGAGAUGGAGAAACUUAUUGAUCUCGCAGGUAGUGCCGCCGAUGCUGUGGACGAUGAUGACGAGAACAUCCACCGUCGCGUCUGA